AUGAGUGAAAAGAACAACAGUUUCACGGGUAAAACAUGCGAAGAAAGAACUGAUCCGUGCGAAUCAUCACCGUGCGAAAACGGUGGUAAAUGUUCCAGUAAUCAAACGGAAUUUAAAUGCGAUUGUCAAACCGGAUAUUCAGGUGAUAGAUGCCAACAUCCGUCGGAUCUUUGUUCAGAAUCUCCAUGUAAACAUGGGAUUUGCGUUUCUCAACCUGACGGAUAUAAAUGUUUUUGCCGUCCAGGUUUCGCUGGAGAAAAUUGCGAAUACGAAUUUAACGAAUGCGAAUCUUCUCCAUGUUUAAAUGGAGGUACAUGCAUCGAUCAAAUCGGUGGAUAUCAAUGCAUUUGCGGAAGAGGUUUCAACGGUAAAAGAUGUCACAUAAAAGUCGAUUUAUGCGAUCCGCAACCAUGUGCGGAGGGUAGGAUUUGCGAAGAUAGGGGUAACAAUUACAGUUGCGAAUGUCCAAAAGGUUACACCGGACCUCAAUGCAACGAACCUUUAAAAGCGGUUUGCAGCAGCAAUCCGUGUAAACAUGGCGGAACUUGUUGGAGUAGCGUUAAUUCGUUUUAUUGCGCUUGCCGUCCCGGUUAUUCCGGUAAAACAUGUUCCCAAGAAUUAUCCGUUGAUAAAAUCGAAUCGAGUUCGAAAUCUUACAUUGAACAACAGCAGGAAAUUUACGAUAAUAGAAACAUUCCCCUCGGAUUUCGUCUAGACAAAUUACAUAACAUAUAUAUUGCUGUCGGAACUCUUUCCUGCGCUUUAUUCCUCGUCGUUUUAACGGUAGCUGUUUGCCAUUGUCGAGUACACGAAUCAUACAAAACGUGUUUUGUUAAUUCCACGCCAUUACUCCCGUGUAAAAUAAGAAAAUUAGAUGUUUUACCCAGGCAUUCCAGGUUUGUUUGUUUGUUUGUUUGUUUUAAAACCGUUAAACCGUUAUUGGGUUAUCCUCAAGAUCAAAUGCCGAUGCCAACGAGAAGUUUUCCAACAUUAGACACGACGGAAGUUUAUUACACAAUUGAUAAUUACGUCAUCAAUUACGUUUACGCCAUUUUGAAUUUAUGUCGCGACGAAGUUAGGUUAUCUUGUUAA